AUGAAGCGUGAUGAAGUGGCAGGGGAUUGGUUGGUCCCGGAGCCUCUCUCUGACCCCUCCCCCUCCCCGGCCCCCCAGGUCUCCUACGCCCGGCCCAGCUCGGCCUCCAUCCGCGACGCCAACCUGUACGUGAGCGGCCUGCCCAAGAGCAUGAGCCAGAAGGAGAUGGAGCAGCUCUUCUCCCAGUACGGGCGCAUCAUCACCUCCCGCAUCCUCGUCCUCUCUCUGACCCCCCCCUCCCCGGCCCCCCAGGUCUCCUACGCCCGGCCCAGCUCGGCCUCCAUCCGCGACGCCAACCUGUACGUGAGCGGCCUGCCCAAGAGCAUGAGCCAGAAGGAGAUGGAGCAGCUCUUCUCCCAGUACGGGCGCAUCAUCACCUCCCGCAUCCUCGUCGACCAGAUCGCAGGCGUCUCCCGAGGGGUGGGCUUCAUCCGCUUUGACAAGAGGAUAGAGGCGGAGGAGGCCAUCAAGGGGCUGAACGGGCAGAAGCCGCUGGGCGCCAGCGAGCCCAUCACUGUCAAGUUCGCCAACAACCCCAGCCAGAAGACGGGCCAGGCGCUGCUCACCCACCUGUACCAGACCACGGCGCGGCGCUACACGGGCCCGCUGCACCACCAGACCCAGCGCUUCAGGUGAGACGCCGCCGGCCCCUGGGCCCACCAGAGCGAGCCCCUUGCUUGGCCACGCCCUCUUCCGGGGAGCCCCGCCCCUUUCUGGCCAUGGCCCCACCCUUCUACUGCUAGCUCCUCCUCCUUGGCCCUGGCCCUGCCCCCUUUUCCUAUUAGCUCUUUGCAACCCUUUUUGCCCCACCCCUUCCUCCUUUACUAUUAGCACCUUUCCCAGCCCCUCCCAUUUCUCUAGUAGUCCCGCCUCCUGUGCACCUGACCCCGCCCCUUGGUCUAUUCACUGUCCCUUUUUGCCAUUGGCCCCGCCCAGCUGCACACACACUACUCCUGGGGGCCCAAGGAAGAGCUCCAGGUCUUGUGCUCUCCCCCGCCCGGGGCUGGGACUGGUCGGGGGACCCAGCCGGGGCGCUAA